AUGUCGCCGGGCCUGACUACCAGAUCCAUGCUAGUCGGCUCUUACAGCAGGCAUUGGUCACUGGGGACCACGCUACCCCGGAGUCCCAGCUUGAACAUGGAGUCAUGUAUAUAUGGAGCAGAGUCACCGGACAGGGAGCAGAGCCACCGGACAGGGAGCAGAGUCACCGGACAGGGAGCAGAGGGUCGCCGGACAGGGAGCAGAGUCACCGGACAGGGAGCAGAGGGUCGCCGGACAGGGAGCAGAGUCACCGGACAGGGAGCAGAGUCACCGGACAAGGAGCAGAGAGUCACCGGACAGGGAGCAGAGUCACCGGACAGGGAGCAGAGAGUCACCGGACAGGGAGCAGAGUCACCGGACAAUGAGCAGAGAGUCACCGGACAGGGAGCAGAGGGUCCCCGGACAGGGAGCAGAGUCACCGGACAGGGAGCAGAGUCACCCGACAGGGAGCAGAGGGUCGCCGGACAGGGAGCAGAGUCACCGGACAGGGAGCAGAGAGUCACCACACAGGGAGCAGAGAGUCGCCGGACAGGGAGCAGAGGGUCACCGGACAGGGAGCAGAGUCACAUGACAGGGAGCAGAGAGUCGCCGGUCAGGAAGCAGAGAGUCACCGGACAGGGAGUAGAGAGUCGCCGGUCAGGGAGGAGAUGGUCGCCGGACAGGGAGCAGAGUGUCGCCGGACAGGGAGCAGAGUCACCGGACAGGGAGCAGAGUCACCGGACAGGGAGCAGAGGGUCGCCGGACAGGGAGCAGAGUGUCGCCGGACAGGGAGCAGAGUCACCGGACAGGGAGCAGAGGGUCACCGGACAGGGAGCAGAGUCACAUGACAGGAAGCAGAGAGUCACCGGACAGGGAGUAGAGAGUCGCCGGUCAGGGAGGAGAGAGUCACCAGACAAGGAGCAGAGAGUCGCCGGUCAGGGAGCAGAGAGUCGCCGAUCAGGGAGCAGUGGGUCGUCGGUCAGGGAGCAGAGGGUCGCCGGACAGGGAGCAGAGAGUCGCCGGACAGGGAGCAGAGGGUCACCGGACAGGGAGCAGAGUCACAUGACAGGGAGCAGAGAGUCGCCGGUCAGGAAGCAGAGAGUCACCGGACAGGGAGUAGAGAGUCGCCGGUCAGGGAGGAGAUGGUCGCCGGACAGGGAGCAGAGUGUCGCCGGACAGGGAGCAGAGUCACCGGACAGGGAGCAGAGUCACCGGACAGGGAGCAGAGGGUCGCCGGACAGGGAGCAGAGUGUCGCCGGACAGGGAGCAGAGUCACCGGACAGGGAGCAGAGGGUCACCGGACAGGGAGCAGAGUCACAUGACAGGAAGCAGAGAGUCACCGGACAGGGAGUAGAGAGUCGCCGGUCAGGGAGGAGAGAGUCACCAGACAAGGAGCAGAGAGUCGCCGGUCAGGGAGCAGAGAGUCGCCGAUCAGGGAGCAGUGGGUCGUCGGUCAGGGAGCAGAGGGUCUCCGGACAGGGAGCAGAGAGUCGCCGGUCAGGGAGCAGAGAGUCACCACACAGGGAGCAGAGAGUCACCACACAGGGAACAGAGGGUCACCGGACAGGGAGCCGAGGCUCGCCGUGUACCCGUCCGGGUUGA